ACUUCUGCUCCCGUCAGGCAGCAGCAAAAAAGAAUGAAGACUAUUCAUGUUCUCCUCCUCCUAUGGCUAGCCUCCCCAACAAUGGGGCAGACGGAAAGCUACGUUCAAGAAGCGUGUAGAGUUACUCGAUACAGAGAACUCUGUGUCCAUUCUUUAUCGUCUUUCUCAAGGACGGCUAAGAAAAACCCUAGCGUAUGGGCGAGGGCGGGAGUGUCGGUUACAAUUGGAGAGGCCAAGAGUGUGAUAAGGUACCUUUCGGGUUUGAAAAGGUACAGUUUGGUGAAGGGAAAGAGGAACCAAGCCGCGCUCUCGGACUGCAUCGAGACUUUUCAAGAUGCGUUGGACAGCCUACAUAUGUCGCUAGGUGUGCUCCGCGAGUUGAAUGCAGAAAGCUUCUUCUCGCAGGUGGAGGAUGUCACCACAUGGCUUAGCUCCGCACUAACUGAUGAAGAUACGUGCACAGAUGGAUUUAACGAGAAUGAAUAUCCCCUCCUAGGAUCCAAGAAGCGCCGAGGGAAUAUAAUUGGGAAUUUGCGACGUAAGGUGGUUAAUGCCAGCUGCAUUACGAGUAAUGCUUUGGCUUUGGUUAAUAGGUUGGAAACUACAGGUCCAGGCAGCUUAAACCUAUGAUGGUAACUCGAGUGGUUCAAUUCUAUCUAAGAAAAACUUAUGUAAAAUGCAAGGCCAAAUAAAUAGACAUCAAUAUUUUUUAUAAGUGAUAUAAAAUGCAAGACGAAAUAAGUAGAUUCAAUCUUUCGUUA